ACCCCCUCAGGCCCAGAGCACUGGUGCACAGAGAUCCGCGGCUCUUGAUCGCCCCGACGACUAAAAGUUUUUGUUUGGGUCCAGAAAGCAUUUUUAAGAAGUUGGUCAAGCAUGGCGUUAGCAGAUAAGAGACUUGAGAACUUACAGAUCUACAAAGUUCUUCAGUGCGUUCGGAACAAAGACAAGAAGCAGAUAAAGAAGCUGACCAAGCUUGGAUACCCUGAACUAAUCAAUUUCACAGAACCCGUCAAUGGACUCAGUGCUCUGCACUUAGCCUCGGUUUCCAAUGACAUUGACAUGGUCAGUUUUCUCCUUGAACUCGGUGCUCACCCUGAUGUACGAGACCGAAUGGGCUGUACUCCAACAAUGAGAGCUGCAGAACUGGGCCAUGAUUUAUCCAUGGAAAUAUUAGCCAACGCAAAAGCUGAUAUGACUAUAGUCGAUAAUGAAGGAAAAGGUGUUUUGUUUUACUGUAUUUUACCUACUAAGCGGCAUUAUCGCUGUGCUCUGAUUGCCCUGGAACAUGGUGCAGAUGUCAACAAUUCUACCUAUGAAGGAAAACCAAUAUUCCUUAGAGCUUGUGAGGAAGCACAUGAUGUUAAAGAGGUGUGCCUGACAUUUUUGGAAAAAGGAGCCAAUCCAAAUGCAAUCAACUCGUCCACAGGUCGCACAGCUUUAAUGGAAGCAUCCAGAGAAGGAGUAGUAGAAGUUGUUCGGGGGAUAUUGGAAAAAGGAGGUGAAGUCAAUGGAUAUGACAAUGACAGACAUCACGCUGCACAUUUUGCUGCCAAAGGAGGUUUUCUUGAUAUACUGAAGCUUCUUUUUGCCUACAACGGAGACAUGGGGCUGAUUGCAAUGAAUGGGAACACACCACUUCAUUACGCUGCCAUGGGUGGUUUUGCAGACUGCUGUAAAUAUAUAGCCCAGCGAGGAUGUGACCUGAAAUGGAAGAAUUUAGAACAUAAAACACCCCUGGCUGUGGCUAAGGAAAAAGGGUUCAAGGCAGCAAGCAAAGAACUACGCCGAGCAGAACGAAUCGCUAAUAAACUAGCCAAGCCAGGAGCCAAAAAUCCGAAUCCACUCUGGGCCCUUAGAUUACACGACUGGUCAAUAGAACAUGAGGCUUUCCUUCGAGAAACCUUUUCAUUUCUGGACAGGGGCGACGGCACAGUUGCCAAAGAGGACUUUGUGACGUUCCUGGAGGAGAAGCAAGAGUUUGCCCAGUUGGAACAGCUGGCUGCCGUAGCCCAACUUCACGAAAAAGUCCGGGGAGGAGGGGUCAACAUCAAUGAAUUCUUUAAGGGAACCAGAUACCUAAACAAGUCUUUUGUCUUGGGAUCUUACGGGCCUAAGAAAAAGAAAAGAGGGAUGGGCAAAAAGGGCAGGAAAGGCAGGUUUGAUUUACCCCCACUCCCAAUCUGUGUCAUUCCUGACCAUGCAUUUCCACGUCGGCAAGACGGCGGGCUGCCUUAUUACAUGAUUGAAAUCUACAAAAAUGUCACCGAUAGCAGCCGGUUUAAUCGAGAUCAUCCACCAGAACAUCCCAUUCAGGAUGACUCUGCUUGGUACAUUGAUGAUCCAGGGAAGGUAUUUUCAAAUAUUAAUUUUAGCACCAAGGCGGAAGACCUGGCUUCUCUGAAAAAGGCUUUCGAAUCAGGAAUACCAGUGGAUGUGAAGGAUAAUUAUUACAAAACACCACUAAUGAUGGCGUGUACAAGUGGAAACAUAGAUGUUGUCAAGUUUCUUCUCGAAAAAGGGGCUAACGUUAAUGCAACAGAUAAUUUUCUGUGGACUCCACUCCAUUUUGCAUGCCACGCAGGCCAACAAGACAUUGUCGAGCUUCUUGUUAACUCUGGAGCUUUAAUAGAUGCACUUUCAAUCAGCAACUCAACUCCUUUAACUAGAGCCAUUGAAAGCUGUAGACUGGAUACUGUAAAAUACCUACUUGAUAUUGGUGCUAAAUUCCAGCUGGAAAAUAGAAAAGGGCAUAGUGCCAUGGAUAUUGCAAAGGCAUAUGGCGAUUAUAGAAUAAUUGGUAUAAUUAAAGAAAAGCUAGAUAACUUGCCAAAACCAGCAGAAAAUAAAAAACUGAAAGGCAGACCAUCUCUGAAACCAAAGACUGAAGGCCCUGAAACUAAGAAAGAAGAGAUUUGGAGUCCUGAAGCCACAACAGCAGAGCUGAUCAGGAAGAGGGAACUACGGCGGGAGAGAUUUACUUACGAGGCGGAUUUCGAAGAUUUCAUGAUGCCUUUUCAGAAGAACAUCAAAGAAAAAGCUCAAGCAAUGGAAGCUGCCUUGAAGACCUAAAUCACAGCAUUUGCUUCUUGGGAUAAAUGUUUUGAGGUCCAGGGACCAAACUUUGGAGAAAGUCAAUAUUUCCAUCAAAGCCAAAGCAAUCCAUACAUUAAGAAUUUGUUAUCAAAUAUUUGUUUUAACCACAGUAAACAUGCUGAGCUAUCUGGAGAAGAUGUAUUCUAUUUUGCAAUGAGUGGCAUGUCAUUCUGGAUAAAUCCCCUAAUCCACUUUAAGAAUAUAGUGGAAUACUUAGCCUUUGUGUCUUAAACAUUAUUGUCAAAAAAGUACUUAGAUAUACAUAUUAUGUUUACUAAAGAUAUAAUUCUAGUGGAAAUUGAUGAAAAUAAUUUAGUAUUAAGAAAGAGAUGAAGUAUUCAACCCUUUAAGUGUGUUAAAUGUGUUUCUCAAUGCCAUUAUAACUGAUGUGUAUUAGAUACCUUGAGUCAAAUAAACUUUUGACACCGCCAUU